AUGCAACCCACGUCUAAAUCAUGUCUCAAGCAAAUUACAGAAAGCUCAGCGGCAGCGUAUCUGGCUCCAACUUCACAGGGGAAGUUCAAGGAUUUGAAAAGGGGAACAACACAAAUCGAGAACAUGGAAAGCUUGCAUGACAGCCGUCAGGCAGGCUUAGCAUCGAGCAACUAUGUUGUUGCACUCCAGAGCCAGUUCCCACAGGCAGCUGACCCCGACUUCAGAGUUUUCGAAGCCAAUGAUGACUCAAGUAUCAUUGGCGAAAGCCCAGGCACAGCAACAAUCGCCAAGGUUAAACAUUUACUGCAUUUGUUCUACAACUGCUUCAACCCGGAAUCGGUACCGUGGAACCUCCAGUCAAAAGCAUACGACCGAUCAUCUGGACCCCGUCGAGGCUGGUCUGGAUUCAUGUCUCCAGAUCAUCGCCAGAACAGCUAUCCCGUGGAUAUUCAGGGAGAAUCGCCCAGCAAACUUGAUGUGUUGACGUCCCUCAAGAUCCCAACGGCAAUGCCAUUCGGACACUUCUUCAGGCAUGCAGAUGAACCAGCCGCGCACCAAGGCUGGGGUCCUCUAAUUACAGACUCCAAACAACCUAACCCUCUGUUCACCCGGCUCCUAGAUGCAAUAUUCAUCUACUUCACCCACACCCCACCAGUCGACUCCAGGGGUUUUGAUCCCGUCAAAUAUGCUUCUGUCUUCACAGCCCUCUUCUACUCCGACAACAGCAACCUCAGUCGCCGUUACUACAUGUUUGCCUCAGAGAAUCACAUGCCCGCCCCUGAGCAAUUUGCGUACCAAGCCAUGACAAUAUUUUACCGCACCCAUGACAUCCAACACGUAAUGAAUGGCCAAACCCCAGUAAUGACCAGAGACGGAUUUCAUCUGGUAAUGUUGAGAGAUACGUUGGGGGAUCCCGAGAUACAGUGCCAAAGAUUCAAUGCGUUUCUGGCCGCCCACGGAGGUGAUUUGGUGGAUCCCAUGACUGGUCGGCGGUUUCCGUCAGUGCCCAUUCCUAGGGAUUCAGUGCCCAGGGAGAGGGAUUCGGAGACGUGGUCGAGAGAGGCGGAGAUGAACAGGGAUUUCAACGAGGAGUUGGGCAUAUAUCUGGAAGAAUUGAAUAGGAUGGGAGCUUGGAGUCAUGAUACGACGAUGGCUAGUAUGUCGCCUGGGGUGUGGCAAGAAAUUGAUGGAAUUCUAUUAUGA